AACAUUACAACCGAUCGAAAACAGCUCUUUUGUGUUUUUGGGUUCUGUUUUUGAGCUCUCCUCCUUCUCCCGAAGCUGAUCGAGCGAUUCGAUCCGAAGAUUUUCCAAAUUGUGCAGAUUGAAACGUCUCCGUUGGCACGAGAUGCAGGAACUCUCUGUGAGAUUCACAUUUUUCCUUGCUUCUGUUUUUCUACUGCAUCUGCAUCCAACUAUUGGGAUCAGAUUUGUGAUAGAUAGGGAAGAAUGCUUUUCUCAUUCUGUUCCUUAUGAAGGGGAUACGGUUCAUGUCUCCUUUGUUGUGAUUAAAGCAGAAACCCCAUGGCAUUAUGGUGACGAGGGUAUUGAUCUCGUGGUGAAGGAUCCCUCAGGCACUCAAAUUCAUGAUUUUUAUGACAAGACAAGUGAAAAGUUUGAAUUUAUGGCUCAAAAGAGUGGUCUUCAUCGUUUCUGCUUCACAAAUAGGUCCCCGUAUCAUGAAACCAUAGAUUUUGAUGUUUAUAUUGGCCACUUUUCUUACUUUGAGCAACAUGCAAAAGAUGAGCAUUUUGGCCCUUUACUGGAGCAGAUUGGGAAACUAGAAGAAGCUCUUUAUAACAUACAAUUUGAGCAGCAUUGGUUGGAAGCUCAGACUGAUCGCCAAGCCAUAGUGAAUGAAGGCAUGAGCAGGAGAGCCAUUCACAAGGCACUUUUUGAAUCUGCUGCUCUGAUCGGUGCCAGUGUGCUGCAAGUUUAUCUAUUGCGUCGGCUCUUCGAGCGGAAGCUAGGCAGGGUUUAACUGUUCAUUAGCUGUCAAGUCUUUAAUCAUUCUUCGAGUCACGUAUCAUCCGGAAUUUGUUAGUACGUCAUGUGCAAUUCAACUAAAUCAAUUGAUGUUAAACUUAUGCUGAUUUGGAUAAGAACUGUUUUACAACUUGAAAUAAUAUUGGGCCACCCUGUUCAGAA